AUGAAGAACACAGAAAAUGUACAAACUCUGAGCAGCGAGCUGGAAAUAACCAUCACAAAUAGCCUAGAACAGGAUAAAGCAUUUAAAACUAGUAACAAAAAACCUAAAAUUAUUACCGAACAAACACAAGAACUGAUUUUUACAUGUACGGAACUCCUAUCUAAAAGAGAAAAAUCUAAAGAAAUGAGACACGAAUUAAAAGAACUAUACAAGAAAACAAACGGAGCAAUCGGGCAAGACCAUGAAAGACAUAGAAGAAUAAUUAUAGAGAGAAAUAUGGAAAAAUAUAAAAGUUCAAAGAGAGCCCUUAAAGAGCUGUCAACACAUGGAUCCAACGCACGAGGAAACGAGAAACAGAGAAGAUAUAGUAAAGCGCGCAACAGCUUUCUACUCAGAGCUUUACAGAAGAACAUCUCAAGAUGA